AUGGUGGGGAAAUCAGUUAAAUUACCCUCGAAAAACUUUAGUCAAGCUUUAGUAUCUAAGUCAUUGGCUAGAAACCUUGAAGUCUGCGGCAACAAAGGAGUUUCUCCUUCUCGAAAGUGUGAUGAUGAUUUUGCAGAGGACUUAUCUGAUAUCAGUGAUGCUGAGGUUGCUGUUCAUCUAAAUCUUAAAAAGGAAAUCCUUCUGAAGAAAAUAGCAUGGGAACUGAUGAAUCCUGAAUACCAAAAGGGAAAGCAGAGGAAACCGACCACUGGGAAAAAGAAAGAUCCCACUAAUAAGACUGUUCCGAGUAAGAAAACUUCCGCAGUCAGAACCGAAAGCAAAGCAGAAAGUGAAAAUAAAAAGAGGCCGAGUUUGCAAAUAAAUUAUGAUGUCCUGGAUGAGCUAUUUGAUGCUGAAAACUCUCCAAAGAGAGCUAAGUUACAGAAACCAGUUGUUGUAGGUGACCACGUGCAAUAUUCAGAGGAAACCAGUGAAGAAAGCCCUUUGAAACCUCAGGAGUCUGAAGAAGAAGAAGAACCAGAUUGGAACGAGGAUUACAGUAAUGAAGAUACGUAUGACCGUGAAAUUGAAGAUCAAGAUAUAGAAGAAGCAGAUGAAGGGAUAAUUUGGUGA